UGACGUAGAGUCGCUGCAAUAUCAUGUCAACCUCAAAUAUGUGAUGCGGACCUAGACGUGCCAUCGUGCCAUCUUUCCAUCGUUGUAAAGUCGGCGCAGCUACCCUUUGCGACAGAUAUUCAAGGACACAAUGGCGCUCGUCAACCGGAAUCUGAAAUUGAUCGCAGUAACUGGUCCUACGGGUGCUGGAAAGUCUACAUUCAUCAACCAUGUAUGCGGGUCGAGCCUGAAAGUAGGAACCGGCCUUCGAUCGUGCACAGCGGAUAUCGAUGUCGCAUCAUAUAUAGUGGGCGACAUGAAGCUCGUGCUCAUCGACACACCGGGCUUCGAUGAUACUACAAGGUCGCAGGCGGACGUCCUUGAGGACAUAGGCAAGUUCCUGAAGAGAACAUACGAACAAGACGUGCUGCUAUCCGGUGUCAUCUACAUGCACCGCAUCUCCGACCGUCGUGUCGGGGGAAUCGCGCGAGAGAACUUCAGGCUGUUCAGAAAGAUUUGCGGCCCGGAUGCGAUGAAGAACGUGUACAUCGUCACAACUAUGUGGGACGAAGUAACGGAGGCGGUGGGGCAAGCACGGGAGCAGGAGCUAGCGACCAAGCCAAUAUUUUUCCAGCCAGCGAUCGAGCAUGGCGCCCGGAUGCUCCGCCACCAAAACAACGCGGAAUCUGCCCGAUCGAUAGUGGCAUCACUCAUCGACGCGCAGUCCGCGCGCAAGCUUCAGAUGCAACACGAGCUCGUGGAUGAAGAGAAGGGGGUACCAGAAACCGCGGCAGGCCGCGAUCUGUCUACGCUACUGAGAGAACAAGAAGAGAGACACCAGCGAGAGUUGCAGCAGCUCAGAGACGAGAUGAGGGAUGCGGAGAGGGUAGAGAUCGUGAGACUGCGGGAGGAAUUGAAGAAGACGAAGGACGAGCUCCGGAGAAUAAGGAGAGACGAAGAAAAGCUUCAGGGCGGUAACGGCGUGUUACGCUUCCUACGAGCAGGUUAUCGCGUUGAGUUCCGGGUAUUGCUCUGCUGGAAGGUGUACCGUAUUAUAGAGUCUUAGUGCGAUUACCACUGCCAGUAGCAGGGUCGUCCGUUUGGCACGUCUUCGUUAUGCAUUCUAUUGUAAUAGCAUCAGCUUCUGUAUGGUACUACACGACUCACCAGUCACGUCUAUAGGCACAUAGUAGCUCUUCAAUCUGCUUCGGAUUGAAGGACAACGUCUACCGAUGGCAUGAAGACUUGUCGGUAAGUUACAAGGGAGCAGCCUGAGGCUGGCCACGAUGGUUACACCGCUCUUGAAUGCUUCGAUAGCUAUAGGUUUCCUUGCAGCAUCAAGAUCUGGUGUUCUGAAAAGAUCCCAUAUAAGCAAAGCUCUCAAGGCAACAUACUCGUGAGCUUCGCAGUCAAGGCAAGUACAUCACUUCCAAAGUUCCAAGGUCGUAGUAGAC